AUGGACAGCAAUGCUGAGUCAAUUCCUCAAGUCCCGCAAUGCCCGACAUGUCUCCUUAUCAGAAUUCGAGACACAACUCAAGAACGUAUCCCGAAAACAAUAAACGAGGCGCUUCCCAGCGAUGCCGGUCCUGUUACCGAGUCGGAACUAGCCUCUUACUCCAAGCCAUUCGAACUCGAACGUGAGAGACAUCCGACAAUAUCUUACGAAGUUGCUUUAGACUUUUUCCAUGGCGAACCAUGUGGAAAUAUUGGUAGAGCCACUUCCGUCUGCAAUCUUUGCGACCACUGGGUCAAUGGUAUCUUUACCAGAGAAUGGGGAGACAGGGACCCUAUAGCACGAGUAUCUUUGGGUACCUUGAUAGAGAUUCAGGCUCGAUCUGGAUGUAUUGUUUGUUGUUUCUUAUGUCAGACUGUAUUGCAAUCACCCUUUACGAUAGACAAUACUCGACCCCUUGCCCUUGAGCUGGCUAGAACUCCUCACGUGAGAAGCUGCAAGUACCGAGCUGCAGGAACCAUUCUAUACGAAGAUGUAGAGGAGUUCCAGCACCAUACACAGAUUGACAAGAAAUAUCCGCAGUUGGCGGUUUUCAACAAAAACGAUAUCAUACCCGACUUUGCAAAUGCAAAGGUCAACUGGGAGCGCCUUCGACAAUGGUAUACCGAACUACCCUCUACAACAGGCAAGACUUGUCAGAGUUCUUCUGUUCCGAGAGACAAGCACGGUUACAUCGGCGAUGCCUUGUCCAAGGGUUUCUGUCUAAUCAAAGUCUCUGAGGCAUGCUUGAUCGAAACUGAUGGUGUCCAGAUUCCGAGCUAUGCGGCCUUGAGUUAUGUUUGGGGCAAGGAGAUUAUAACAACAACAAACAACUUUGAGAGCCUCAAACUCCCAGGACGCUUUCGAAAGAAAGACGUACCUCUUCUUUUCCGAGAUGCUUUCGAGGUCUACUCUCAGCUUGGAAUAGAUUAUUUCUGGAUUGAUAGGAUCUGUGUUGUUCAAGACGAUGAGAAGAGAAAAUCAGCCCAGCUUGAAGCCAUGGGACGGAUCUAUUCCAAAGCAUGCUUCACUAUUGUAUCUUCUGACCCGCAUUUCAUAAAUCAAGGUCUCCCUGGUGUCUCCCAGCCAAGAAAACCACCACCCAAUCUCUUGGUUGGCGAUAAGGUGUUGAUACCUAGGAUAUACGGAUCAAAGAAAUCCACUUGGAAGACCCGUGGUUGGACAUAUCAAGAGGGACUUCUCUCAGAAAACGUACUGAUCUUUGGGCAAGAUACGGUGUAUAUGUAUAGCCGUGGUUCCGAGAAUGUGACGCCCGAGGGGUUUCAAGAGUUCUCAUACGACAAGCCUGAUUACAUAUCUUCCAGUCUUGUUCCUCAGGACGAGGAAUACUCAGACCAAGUCCACGAAUACUCAACAAGGUUACUGACAUUUGGUUCGGAUAAAGUGAACGCAUUUCUGGUAGUUCUGAAUAGCUUUGGAGAACAUCAAUAUGGAUUGCCCCAUACAAUACUCGACCAAGCGAUGUUGUGGAACUAUACCUAUGAGCCUUCUCGUUCGGGCCCAAAGAUUCCUGGACAGGAAUUUCCCAGUUGGUCUUGGGUUUUUACCGUUGGGCGUAUCGAGUAUCGUCAUUUGCCAUCAAAGGACAGACCAUUGUUUUCUCUGGCAACCUGGGCCAUUCUGCAGUUGGAUCAGGCGUCCAACAAGCCUUUGAUCAAAGUUCUGGAUGACUUGCAGCCUGGAGAGCAGUCUGAGGCUCUGCACCAUUUGAAUACCAUCCGCAGUCAUAUUUCACCGUCGGAAGCGCAGACAGGAUAUGAUCCGGUGGCGAUAGCCAUGGCCGCUAAUCUUUGUGAGCGGUACAGGCUCAUCCAAGAGGUGCUGAGCCGCAAACAGCCUAGCGAUGGUUCAGAAACUGGUCCAACAGCUGGUGAAAACAAAGCGGCAGAAUCGAUUUGGUGGAAGAUGAUCGUUUUUUGCUUGAAGCUACCUCUCAGUAUAUUUGGCUUAGAAGAUAAGUCCCUCUCACAAGUACGUGCGAGGAUGAAGCCCUUCAAGAAAGCACCGUGGUUUCAGGAUCUUGAUGAUGCUAUAAGACAAGUCCCUCACAAGUCCGCGUCGAAACGCUAUUGA